GCGUGGCGAGCGCGGAGCUGCGGCCCUGGGGCGACCUGCGCGGGAUCCUGCCCCAUCUCGUCCCGCAGCUGCCCUGCAGAGCCGGUGCCAGCUGUGAGGGUGUGGGCGCGGGCCUCGAGACACCAUGAGCGUCGGCUUCAUCGGGGCUGGCCAGCUGGCCUUUGCCCUGGCCAGGGGCUUCACAGCAGCAGGCAUCCUGGCUGCUCACAAGAUAACAGCCAGCUCCCCAGACAUGGACUUGGCCACGGUUUCUGCCCUCAGGAAGAUGGGGGUGAACCUGACGCCUCACAACAAAGAGACAGUGCAGCACAGUGACGUGCUCUUCCUGGCCGUGAAGCCGCACAUCAUUCCCUUCAUCUUGGAUGAAAUUGGCGCCUACAUCGAGGACCGGCACAUUGUGGUGUCCUGCGCAGCCGGCGUCACCAUCAGCUCCAUCGAGAAGAAGCUGAUGGCGUUCCAGCUGGCCCCCAAAGUCAUCCGCUGCAUGACCAACACACCAGUCGUGGUGCGGGAGGGAGCCACUGUGUACGCCACGGGCACCCACGCCCAGGUAGAGGAUGGCAGGCUCCUGGAGCAGCUCAUGGGCAGCGUGGGCUUCUGCACAGAAGUGGAGGAGGACCUGAUCGAUGCCGUCACGGGGCUCAGUGGCAGCGGCCCAGCCUAUGCAUUCACAGCCCUGGAUGCCCUGGCUGAUGGGGGCGUGAAGAUGGGGCUUCCCAGGCGCCUGGCAGUCCGCCUUGGGGCCCAGGCUCUGAUGGGGGCUGCCAAGAUGCUACUGGACUCAGAACAGCACCCAGGCCAGCUCAAGGACAACGUCUGCUCUCCUGGUGGGGCCACCAUCCAUGCCUUGCAUGUGCUGGAGAGUGGGGGCUUCCGCUCGCUGCUCAUCAACGCCGUGGAGGCCUCCUGCAUCCGCACUCGGGAGCUGCAGUCCAUGGCUGACCAGGACGUCUCACCAGCCGCCAUCAAGAAGACUGUCCUGGACAAGGUGAAGCUAGACUCCCCACCAGAGGCCCCUUCUGGCCACUCCAAACUGCUCCCCCGAAACCUGGCCCCGGCGGGCAAGAAGGACUGAGGUAUCAGACUCAUGAGAAAAACAGCCACUCUGAGUUGCUGCCUAGGCAUCUGACGGCAUGACAACACCACUCAUCCAGAGUCUGGAGACAUAGAUAAGGUCCCAAGCUUAGUAUCCCACCACAAGUUCCCACUUUGCUUUUCCCAGGGCACCUUUUAAAAUAACCACUUAGAGUUGAGCCCUUGAUAAGUUAGUGACCUCUGCCCCAGCCACCUUAUAAGUAACAGGUGCUUCCUACCCUGCUCUCUAUCUCCUGCUUGUUUGUGACCUGGGACCGAGGACUGCCCUUUCCCCAGCUCAUUGUCCCCAUCUCCUGCCCCGCUGCUGGGAUCUGUGGGUAACAGAUUUUGUGACUUUCCUUCCUUCGUGUGAGUGUACUGAAACUGCACCUUUAAUCAAAACUGCCUCCGUUUUCAGUUCCCCAAAGGGGGAGCUCAGGUGCUGAAGAAGUUACCUGCGCCUGCCCCCACCCCCUCUUGUGGGUGGCAUGUGCGCCCCCCAUUCAGCAGGUCAUAUCUGCAUAUUAAUUCGGUACACCAGCUCCAGCUUCACACAGCGGCCCUCCUGCCAGCCUGCUCUCCACCUUCUCCCGUCUCCUGGGCUCAGAGCUCAUGCACUGGGCGUCUCUAGCCCCAGGCCUCACAGGGUGUCCCACAGUGGCCCACUGCCCAUGGCUCUGGUCCACUCAGGGGUCAGCUGGUGUCAGAGGGGGGACACAUCACUUCCCAGUAGGAAUCUCCAUGGUCCCCAAGUAUUUCCUGACCCAGAACAGGGAUGGAUUCUCUGACCGCAACCUCCCCCAUCCUCUGCUCCCAAAGUCAGGACCACCUUCCUCUGAAGCUCAGGAGGCCUGGGGACUUCACUCCCCAGCAUCAGCUGGCUUGGGGCUUGGCCCCUUCCUCAGUACAAGGGUCAGGGUUCCCCCCGUGAAGGCCUAGCCAAGGAGGGAGCCUGACCCCCUCAUAGGAGACACCUCCUUCCUUGGUGUGGGAAGGACCAAAGGGUCCCUGGUGUCUGGCAGGAGGGACGACGGUUCUGGGCUGGCUGCCAACCAGGCUUGUCCCGUUUGACAUUUGAGAAAAGGGCUCCUCAGAUGGUUGAACUUCUGAGACCACCAGCACACUCAGGCUACCGUCUCCUGUACCUGACCCAACCCUUAGACGCUGUCACUUCUCUCCCUGACCUUUUAAGUUAAAUAAAUUGGUUUCCAGCCCCA